AUGUCGGCGCCUCUUCCCGCCGCCCGCGAGGCGGCAGAGCGCAGCGUAUCGAAAAUUGAUACGGUGUUGUACCAUUUCUUUUCCAAGACCCUGGCGAUUGUCUAUGAAAAUCGCACAGACAGCCAUGCACAAGGCAAUCGGCGUACGAACAAAUGGUUUUCCCUGGAGAUGCCGGAACAUGAGCAGUUCCGACACGAUCUGCAUCCAUGGCGCUCCCUCUCUGCAGCGACAACGGUGCCGACGUUGGUCAUCGACGUAUGCCUACGCACGUCCCAUUUGGACGAUAGCUACGAGGUGCACGCACGGACGCCCAGGGGACGGCAGUGGCUGGGCGAUGCCAGUGCCGCGUCCAUUGUGCUUGAACGGUGGCGCGUUGAUCUGCGCGUCGCCGAUGAGCCGCCUACCGAGCGACUGCCUGCCGUGUACAAGCAAGCCAUUGUCCACUUUCGCACAUUGUACACUCUUACGCGCGUUCUCCCAUCAGCAGCCAUGUGCCGUCGGAUUUUUGCGGCGAAUGGCAUGUAUGCCCAGCUUGGCGUCGAUGUGAAGAUCCAUACGGAGGCUGCGCCGCUGCGUGUGCCGUCCAAGACGUGGCAGUUUGCACCGAUCGCUACGCCGAUGGGCGCCUUGGCAUGCUCGGUGGACUACUGCGACAUGACCGAAUUGUACAUUGAGCCGCGGCUUGCACGUCUUCCGCGCAACGCUAGGCUGCCUCCAGUUCCUGCAUCGGCCUCGCUACGUCAGGCAUCGCCACGCUGGACGCCUUCAGCCGCUCCUCCCCCGUCCCAACUUGGCACGUCGCCGCUUUUCCAAAAAAUGCUCUCGCACCAUCAAAGCGACGCACGCUUAUGGGAUACCCCGCGUGCACGGCCUACCACGAGUAUCUCAGUGAGCCCUUCGCUGUCGAUGCACACGUGGCGCCGCCCUCGAUCGGCCACCAGCGACGGGGUAUGCACGACAGGCACCGCGACGAUCCCUCGCGGCGCUACGACCGCCGCGGCGGCGUCACGCACGGCAGCUGCAGUCUCGUCGUACGAGCCAGGUGCGCUGCGUUCGCUCUUUAGCACGACAUCCCGACCGACCUUUUCCCCAAGCUCCUUGUCCUCGCUGCGCACACCGCCUGGCAGCUUUGAUGCAUACAUGUAUCGGCCCAGCUCGUCGUUAACGCGCCAAGGCGACUCUCCCAUCUCCGAAGAUGGGCCGCGGCCAGCACGUCCACAGCGUAUUCCGCGGUACUCACGCCUCCCAUCGUACCGCCAGCGCGAGGCGUCACGGUCUGUAGGAGCAUCGCAGGACGACAACGGAGCCGCACGAAGCUGGUCGAGACGUAUGGAGCAGCGCCGCCAGCUGGAUCGGACGAAUUCACGCGAUACCCAGAUCCUAAGCGCGUCGAGUCCUGGCCACUCACGUGUAUUUGCAGGGCCAUCGCCAUCGCCAGCGUUUGCCCUGCCUCGACUCUCGGCGUCACGGACGUCUUUGCCACCAGCCACUACGUCCGAUUCGCCCAAUACUCAUGAAGACCUACUCGAUCUCAUGGCGAUGAUUGAAACACGAGGCUCCUCCCAAGGGAGCCCUGCUACGACCCCUUCACGACCCGCUACGAAUCAUGACAUGUCUCCUACUGCUACGACGACGACAAACCCAAAUGUGUCCAAGCGCCACUACUACGACGACAUAUUAUCCAAAAUGGCCAGCUCACUGCGGCUUCAGCCGUUGGACGAGGUGAUGGGGACAAGCACACACCACACCCCGGACGACGACGAGCAUGCAGAAGACGAAGCGGCUGGCCGGCUAGAACUCUCUUUAGGCCCCAUCAUGUAG